GGGAGCCGCGGGGAGCGGGACUCGGCGCUGGCCGCCUGCCGGCCGCGCCCCGGCCGAGCAUGCACUGAUCCGCUGCCUCGCCUCGAGCCCGUCCCGUCCGCCGGGAGCGCGUUGCAUGGUGUGGGGAUACACGGUUUCGAUAAUAAAUGAUAGAGGAUACAAUGACUUUGCUGUCUCUGCUGGGUCGGAUCAUGCGUUACUUCUUGCUCAGACCGGAGACCCUGUUCUUGCUGUGCAUCAGCCUGGCUCUGUGGAGUUAUUUCUUCCACACGGAUGAGGUGAAAACCAUUGUUAAGUCCAGCAGGGAUGCGGUGAAGAUGGUGAAGGGCAAGGUGGCCGAGAUCAUGCAGAAUGACAGGCUCGGGGGACUGGACGUGCUGGAUGCCGAGUUCUCCAAGACCUGGGAGUUCAAGAGCCACAACGUGGCUGUCUAUUCCAUCCAAGGCCGGAGGGAUCACAUGGAGGACAGGUUCGAAGUAAUCACCGACCUGGUGAACAAGACUCAUCCCUCCAUCUUCGGGAUAUUUGAUGGGCACGGAGGAGAGGCAACAGCAGAGUAUGUGAAGUCCCGCCUGCCCGAAGUCCUGAAACAACAUCUUCAGGACUAUGAGAGGGACAAGGAGAACAGUGUGAUGUCCUAUCAGACCAUCCUGGAACAGCAGAUUUUAUCAAUUGAUCGAGAAAUGCUGGAAAAAUUGACUGUAUCCUAUGAUGAAGCAGGCACAACUUGUUUGAUCGCCUUGCUGUCAGACAAAGAGCUCACUGUGGCCAACGUUGGUGAUUCGCGAGGCGUGCUGUGCGACAAGGACGGGAAUGCCAUCCCCCUGUCACACGACCACAAGCCCUACCAGCUGAAAGAGAGGAAGAGGAUUAAAAGAGCCGGUGGAUUUAUCAGCUUUAACGGCUCCUGGCGCGUUCAGGGCAUCCUGGCCAUGUCCCGCUCCUUAGGAGAUUACCCUCUGAAGAACCUGAACGUUGUCAUUCCUGACCCCGAUAUUCUCACCUUUGACCUGGACAAACUGCAGCCAGAGUUCAUGAUCCUGGCAUCUGAUGGUCUGUGGGAUGCCUUCAGCAACGAGGAAGCCGUGCGAUUCAUCAAGGAACGCUUGGAUGAGCCACACUUUGGAGCCAAGAGUAUAGUUCUGCAGUCAUUCUACAGAGGGUGUCCCGAUAACAUAACAGUGAUGGUGGUGAAGUUCAGGAAUAGCAGCAAAACAGAAGAACAGUAAUUACCAGUGGUUCUUUGCCUCGCCGAACUUAAAUCAAACUCUUACAUUUUAAACAUAGUGGAAAGCUCUAGUAAAUCCCAUUAAGAUUCCACGCAGAACAGAUUCCUCCGGGCUUUGUUCUUUGCUUAACAAAAGGAGCAAUACAACAAAUACAUUCUGUGUGAUGAUAAGAAUUAAGUUUCUUCACAAGCACCUGUCUCCUGUGACCUUGCUGCUCCUUAGAAGCCAACUGUAAUCUUUCAUUUCAGAAUUUCCUUUACAAAUCCCAUGUAUGCUUUUCAUUUCUCACCUCUCCUUUCUAAAAGGGGUUCGUUCAGACACACGGCAGGGUCAGGGCAGAACUGCUGCUUAAUAGCAACGAUAGGAAUGAUGUUGCUUUUUCACUCGUAGAUGUGACUGUGUUUCAGAACAAUGCUCUAAUGUUUCUCAUCUCUCUUUUAAUCUGCGCUGAUAAGGUCGUGUUGGAAAAGCUUGUAGUUGUUGGUCUGUUAUGAAGGAGGGAAAGGAGCCAACUGCUAGUCUGCUGUCACAGAACUGGCUCUCACACCUUGUUUUUUCCACCCUCAAUUAAACAAAUCCCUGCCAAGCAUGUGGUCAGGUAUAGCUACUGAAUUACCUGCAGACAGGUUUAUUCAGCCUGUGCAUUCCUUUAAUAACGUUUAUUCUAUGCCAUGUUGUAAUGUUAAGCUCCAUCAAAAUACUCCGAAGUCUGUCACCUUCUCUGUCAAAAAAAUAGCUCUCUCAUGAUAGAAGAAUGGGUGCCAUUCACUGGGACUCCUUCCUGUUAGGUUCCUGGCAUGGACUUUUCACAGUCAAGUAAGAAAACAAUGCAAGAUAAAAUUAAUUUCAUUAGUAUUUGCAAAACUAAUCAGAGCAGAGUGCUCUAUAGAGCUGCCUAGAUGGAAGCCAUGGCUACAAAAUCUUUGUACCGCUGCAGAUUAAUCUGUGGUUUUAAUCUGGGGGAAGACCACUGUAGGACUGAUUUUUGGCAUAGUGUAUAAAUGCCAGACAGUGUAAUUGCACUGUUCAGUUGAAAGCUUGUGAUAAAUCUAGAUAAAAAUAUUUUUUUAACUUUCAAUAUUUAAUUAUACUUUGGAAUCUG